GCCGGCGCACCUAGCGACCCGCGCGCGGCCGACGUCCGCCGCAUCCGGCAAGCGACGAACGGCCUGCGAAUCCUUGCGCCCUGCUGGGGCCGCGGCAGGCGCGGGGAGCAACUCUGCGCGAGUCCCGAGGACGCGCUCGACGCGGAUGCGAAUUUCAGAGAUGCGGGAACGAUUGCGGUCGUCGCCGCGUGGUGCGGCGAAGACUUCACAUGGGUCGCGAGACUGCUCUUGGCGUCUGAUAGCGUGCCGCACGUCUGGCGGAAGUUAAUUGUAUACCAGAAGUGCGCCAUCUACAAAACGGCCAAGGGUUACGAAGUGCGCCUAAAAGCUACCCCUAUCAUGAUGGCGGCGAACCUCACAAAAGCGAAGCAAAUCGCCGUCGAGGCGACGGGGCCCGAGACGACGCUGACGAGUAUUGACGUACGGCGAGCGAUCGCGAAGGACGUUCUCCUCCUUAAGACCUACGCAACGGCCGCGACCGCGCCGCUUCAGAAUCUGGCUAUCGAAGUGGUGCCGAUGAUUGAGCCAGGCCGCGGCUGGCCCCGGGUCAAGAAUGCGCGGCCGCCGUUUUCCACCGACGAGGUCGGGGCGUAUCUGCACCACGUCCGCGACGCCGCGUCGACUUCAGGCGCUAGUCCCUUGACGCCAUCGAUGCGUUCCUCUCCGCGCAGGUCUCGACCCGCUACGAGCACCUACUGGACGGCACGUUCUUCCUCCACGGCUCACCAAGCGGCACGUCGCUCGAGCUCGCCAAGCGGACGAUGGAUUGGACGCAUCAAAAUGGAGUAGCCCCGCAGACGUUCUUCGGCACGACGGACAGCGGCGCGCAACGCCUCGACCCGCUCCCCGGCCACCUCGGCGUCGCCAAGGACUUAUUGAAGGUCCGCCGCGUCGGCAACUACGACGGGGGCGAAUUUUAUGCCAGUCGCCUCAGUCUUCGUAGAAGGUCGCAAGGAUUCUAUGCGAAUGCGCUGGAGAUCGUCCGCGCCGACGCGAGCUGCGCCGACCGCUACGUCAACUGCUCCGGCGUCGAUCGCCGGAGGUUCUGCGGCGGAAAGGGCGGGAGGACGGUCCUGCCAGAACCCUUUGCGGCGUUCAACGCCGGAGAGCGAGACUGCCCCGUCGGUGACCCGGCGUCUGCUCGAUGGCGUCGAGGUUGACGCCACGCGCGCAGGUCCCGCGCCGCUACCGCGGCUCGUCGAGGAUCGAGGGCUACUGGAACGUACUAAUGUGCGAGGCUUGCCGGGCACCGCCGAGGCCACGAGACCCUCGGAUACCGUUUUCGGUGAACGGCGUCGGCGACAAGCUCGACGCGCAAAACAAAGGUAGUUACGCGGUCUUCGGGCUCAAGCACCCGGGCCGCUCCACAUCAUCGAGGCGACGCCUCGCGGCGCGGGCGAGUAUACUAGACCAUGCUCGGCCGAACGGCCUCGGCCGGCCCGAGCUCGCGCCCCGCCCGUUCGUGCCCAUCCGGUACGACCCCGACGACCAGGCGCCUUUUUCGCCGCGCUCCGCGCUGUGUGGCGGUCUCGGCGUUUGUCCGGGACCCAAAAAAUGCUACGAGAGGAUUAACGACGACCGGGCGACGUAUAAAGAGGGAGUGCGGGCGACGUACAAGUGCGCCGAAGGUCCUCCCGGGGGCAAGUGGAACGUAGCCGGCGAUCUCCCGCCGACGACGACGAAACGGCCCCGGAGGGCCUCCAAGCGCGCCCGCGAGGAGCUCGCGAUGCUCGAGCGCGAGGCCCGGCCGAAGCAGAAGCCCGUAAAAACACUCUAACUUAUCACACAACACUUCCGCUCCUCCUUCAGCGGCUGCCGGAACGGGUUUGAGGCAGAGUAGCCCUCCUCACAAAACGCGUCCUCGUGGGCGUGGGCAAUC